CUUAGGUGUUUCCAGGAUAUUACUCCAUCCCGUCGGCGCAUUAUUAGAGACUGUUCAUCCUAAACAGUUCCUCCUUUUUCAAGAAAUUAACGAGUGAUAGAACUGUUACUCAUUACAAAACGUUAAAAGCAUGUCAAAGAGAGCAGAGGUAAUAUGUCUUGAUGUGGGUUCCACUAUGGAUAUUAGGGAAAAGGAUGGGACUAACCACUUUGAAUUAUCUAUUAAAGCUCUUGUUUUACUUCUCGAGCAAAAAUUAAGAAGCUUAAAGAAGAACGAUCUCACAGGUUUUGUAAUUUGCGGCACCAGAGAAACAAGCAAUCCACUUGCUGAAGACGACCAAUACCAAAACAUUAAGGUUUUAAGAAACUUAACAACUUUGGAUCUGGAGCUCCUGCUUACAGUCGAACAUGAACUUCACCUUAAUUCCUUGAAAGCAGACAUUCUCGAUGUUGUGGUGGUAGCUCUUGAGAUGCUGAAAGCCAGAAUUAAAAAGUUAAAGUUUGAAAAAAAAAUUUUACUUGUGACUAAUGGAUAUGCCCCAACUUCAGAUCUUGAGCAACUAGGAUUUAUUAUUGAGGAGUUAAAUAGGAACGACAUUGAAGUCCAAAUCUUAGGCGUCGAUUUUGACGAAAUGGAAGAAGGAAACGAGCUAAAAACUAACCAAAAAUCAAAAUCUCCCUUUUCACGUGUGCUGAAGCAACUCGCUGAAGGGACCAAUGGCGAAAUGUUUUCUUUUUCCACUGCCUUGCAACUACUCUCAAAGGAAAGAAAGCAGAACAUCCGGCAGUCCCCCGUUUUCAGAGGCACAUUAAUGCUUGGCCCGGCUUUUUCCUUUCCUGUUUUUGCAUAUGCACUCACCAAAGAAGCCAAGCCCCCCUCGUUAAAGAUGAUUUCCACAGACGGCAACAGCGAUGUCUCUAGAGUUUACCUUCAACGGACAUACCAUUUACUUGAUGAAGACCGCACUGAAGUUCCGAAGGAGGAUUGCGCUAAAGGCUAUAAGUAUGGGCCGACCAGAAUUCCGUGGGCCAAGAUCGACGAGGAGAGCAUGAAGUUAGAAACAGAGAAAAGUCUUCAGAUCCUCUCUUUUACAAAAUCAGAAAAUGUACCAAGGCGUCUCUGGAUGAACCAUGUGAUUGCAUUUGUGGCUGACCCAUCAGACGUUCCUGCGCAGACCGCCCUUUCCUCGUUAGCUGCGGGGUUGCACGUGACAGGCACAGUAGCGCUCGUCCGUUUUGUUCGGGCAGACAAGGCCACCCCUAAAGUAGGCUUUCUCUCUCCUCAUAUAAAAAAGAACCAUUCGAGCUUAUUAUAUACGGAACUUCCGUAUGCUGAUGACAUUCGGCAGUACCAAUUCCCUUCUCUAAGCUUCAGUAAAAAACUCCAGCCAAGUGCUGAACAAGAGCAGGCUGUUGCUGCCCUCAUGGCGUCCAAGGAUUUGUCAAAGCCUUGCAGCGAAGAUAGCAGUGGUCAUAGCCCGGAGCACGUUUUCAAUCCAGCUAUUCGAUAUUUCUGGCAAUGUAUACACCAGAGGGCGCUGGAUGACUUGAAAGGCGUUAAGAGCAGAAACCUGCCAGCAGUAGGCUCGAUUAUAAAAGACUUCAUGGCUCCUUUUGACUUAGUAAAGGAAACUUCAAAGGCCCAACUUUUAAAUAUUCAAGAACUUUUUAGAUUAAGAAAAAUCGAAAAGCGCAAAACUGAUAAACUGGGCGCUUCCUCUUACUUCCAGAGUACUUCAAAGGAGGCGACCGAGGGGCCUCCCCCCUCGAAGAAGAGGCCGACUACGGAAGACCUGCCGCGAAGCAUUGCCGAGGUCUCCUCAGCUUACUUCUACAAGGUCGGCUCAGUUAACCCAGUGGCUGAUUUUCGAACUAUGUGCUCCUGGCCUGAGGAAGGCCUGGUCUCCGAGGCCAUUACGCAGAUGUGCCAACUAAUCGAGCAGUUCGUGGAAAAUUCGUAUAAUAAAGACUUUACCUUAAGAGCGUUCGACUGUUUGGCAGUUCUUCGAAAAGAAUGUGUUGCGCAACAGAAAGCCGAAUCGUUCAACUCGUGGAUGAAAAAGUUUAAAGAAAAGCUCUUAACCAAUAGGCUAUAUAACGACGUGUGGCAGCAGAUUGUCGCCGAUGGAGUGACUCUUAUCACGAACGAUGAAGCGAGCGAUUCGAACGUUUCAAAGGAAGAAGCUGAAGAGUUUUUGAUGGGCACAGAGCCGCAUGAGCAGUUGGACUCCGGCGGGCUGGCAGAAGAGGAGUUGAUGGGCCUCAUGGACUGAGGCGUUCCGAUUCAUAUCUUAUUACUGAACAUUGCAGCCUGCAUCUUCUCAAAGACUAUUAUUUAAGUUUUUCACCUAGCCCCGCAAAGCUUUUAAAAUUGAGUUAACAUACGGCCACUUCUACUUGUUAAUAAAUAUUGGUAAUACGAUCUAUGAAGUCCAGCGUAAACCAUGAACUUAAAAGGAGCACUUUAGUCUGUAAAUUAAGUGCCUGUUUUACGUAAAAGGGAAAAGUCGCAUUGAUAAGGCGUGAAGUAGGUUUCGGGAGCGGCGAGUUCGCAGCACAACG